AUGGAAGUGAAGAUGAUUCCUGAAUCCACUGCAGUCGGAGACGGAAUGCGAACAGUUUCGACGAAUAUGGGAGCGAUCGACGUUCUGGAUUCUAAUCUGAGUUUCGAUUGUUAUCAUGGUGCUGACGUUAUGGACCAGAAUAACGGGAGGCCGAGUAAAAAACCGAAAAUCGAAGAACAAGUAGUUGAAUAUGCAUUGCCUGUAGGGUUUCUUGAUCCUAUUAAUCCCGACGAACGCUCGUUGGUCUCUGUGCCGCAAACGCAAUCCAUCUUAGAAUACCAAAACACUGAUGAUCAUAAUCUCAAGGCUAUCGUUUCAUCUAUGAGCAAACAGUUUUGGAAGGCAGGGGAUUAUGAGGUUUCUGUUAACAAUAGAGAAUCCGUAUCACACCCUGCAGCUGGUAUGGAUCACGUGAGGGUUCAUCCCAGAUUUUUGCAUUCAAAUGCUACCAGCCACAAGUGGGCACUAGGAGCUUUUGCUGAGCUUCUUGACAAUUCUUUAGACGAGGUGCGCACUGGAGCUACUUAUGUUAAUGUAGAUGUGCUGAAUAAUGAAAAAGACAUUGGUAGCAAGAUGUUACUGAUCGAAGAUAAUGGUGGUGGAAUGACUCCUGAUAAAUUGCGUGGAUGCAUGUCUCUUGGCUACUCUGUGAAAAGCAAGUUGGCCAACACUAUUGGUCAAUAUGGGAAUGGUUUCAAGACAAGUACAAUGAGGCUUGGAGCAGAUGUUUUAGUAUUUACUCGUUGCCCAGGACAGGAGGGUAGAAGCCCAACUCAAAGUAUCGGAAUGCUAUCAUACACAUUUUUAAUGGAAACUGGAAAGGAAGAUAUUGUGGUUCCAAUGAUUGACUUUGAAAAGAGAGGAGAUGACUGGGGAAUGAUGGUGCGAUUCACACCUGAGGAUUGGAAAAGAAACAUGGAGACACUGGUCCAGUGGUCUCCAUACACGACUGAAGAUGCUCUCUUACAGCAGUUUGAUUUCAUCAACACUCAAGGCACACGCAUCAUUAUAUACAACAUUUGGGAGGACGAAGAAGGACAAUUAGAGCUUGAUUUUGACACUGAUCUACACGACAUCCAAAUCAGAGGGGUCAAUCGAGAUCCCAAGAAGAUUGAGAUGGCGAAACAGUAUCCCAACUCUCGCCACUUUUUAACUUACAGGCAUUCCUUAAGAAAUUAUGCAGCAAUUUUAUACCUGCGCAUUCCAGAGGGCUUUAGAAUCAUCCUUCGUGGAGAAGAUGUAAUUCAUCAUAAUAUUGUUGAUGAUAUGAUGCUAACUCAGAUGGUUACGUAUAAGCCAACACAACCAUGUCCUGAAUGGACAACCACAAGGAAUGAUCAAAACAUGGUGGCUGUGGUGACUAUAGGUUUUGUGAAAGAUGCAAAAGACCAUAUCGAUGUUCAAGGGUUCAAUGUUUAUCACAAGAACCGACUCAUUAAGCCAUUUUGGAGGGUUUGGAACGCUGCUGGAAGUGAUGGUAGGGGAGUUAUAGGCGUAUUAGAAGCUGAUUUUGUUGAGCCAGCUCAUGAUAAACAGGGGUUUGAACGCACAACUGUACUUUCAAGACUUGAGAAUCGAUUGGUUGUCAUACAAAAGAAAUACUGGUCUACGAAUUGUCAAGAAAUUGGGUAUGCUAAACGUUGCAAGAGCAGUUCAGAUACAAAAUGUAGACCUUCAAUGGAAGAUAAACCGGAUGUUCAAAGUGAUGAGUUGAGGCCCAUCAGAAAAGUUGAAGCAUCAACAUCUGAUGAAUCAGAGUUUCCAGAAAUCAUUACAAGUAGAUUACCAAAAAUUAAAUGUAAAGAAUCAAAAGCAGCUAUGAAUGGAGACGACACCAUAGCCAAGUUGAAGGAAGAGAAUCUGCAACUCAAGAAGAGACUAGAGACAAGCGAGGGUGUAAUGCUCAAUGAUUUGUUGUUGGAUCUGCAAUCUGAGAAAGACAAGACUAUUUCUCUUGAAAAUCAAAUUGUGAAAUUACAAGAAAAGAUUCAAGUGCUGGAUCAAGAACAAAUAAACCUUAUUGACAUAUUUUCUGAAGAAAGAAACAGACGGGAAGCCCUGGAAGAGACUUUGAGGAAUAAGUUGAAGGAGGCCAAUGACACCAUUGAAGAGUUACAUAGGAACAUAAAAGUGCCCAAGAGCAAUGGAGUCAUAAUAUGCUAG